AUGGGCAUAUUGGCCACGAAGAGGGGUCAUGUGGCCAGGAAGGAGCAGCUCAAGCGUCGAGUGCGUGGGCGUGUUCGGGAGCACACCGAGGUCAUCAAUGACGCGCAGCGUAGCAUAAAGGACAUCGAAGAUGCCAUUACCCAGGUGGAAGGUUGCCAGACGCGGUUGGUCCACAUGCGCUAUGCAAGGUUCGCGGAUCUGAAAGUUUGCGAGAAGCGACUUCAGCUCCGAGAGCGACGGCCGCCCCGUGAGAACUUCCGGGAUGCUGUCGAGGAGGCGCUCGAUCGGGAGCGAGGUGUGCUGGAGCGCUCACGCCAGGAUCUCCUGUCGCUGGAAGCGGAAGCCCAGCAGUUCCUAGCAGACCUGCAGGCGAUGCGAGCCGAGCUUUCGCGCGACACGGGAGCUCGCAGGCUUCAGGUGGAGAGCGAAUUGGCACAGAUGCGAAUGGCAACUGGAGCCAGCGUAUCCUUGCCUGAGGUGGACAAGAAGAACACUCAGCCCCAUCAGGUGAUUAAGCUCCUCUCCGAAGAAGAGGCCAAGUCUUUGAAGCAGCGCUCGAUCGCGGUGAUCAGAAAAGCGAGAGAGUUGCCCGACCGGGCGGAUGUCAUGCUGGCACGCAUACGGCAGGAAUCGCACCAGUGCACCCACAGAGCUGGCCGCCAGCUGGCCGUCAAGACCCGUGAGCUGGGAGAGUUCAAGAAAAGCCUGGAGGAAAACAUACGCGGCGUUGCUGCAACGCUUACGCAGGCGAGGAUGGCCCUCUCCAAAGAAGAGGGCCGACUGGAAACGGUCAUGGGAGACAAAGCUCUGCAGGAAACGCAAGAGCGGGUGAAUGACUUGACCGCUAUGGUGCAGGAGCUGCAGGACAGCCACAAAGCCUUGGUAGAAGAGCUGCGCUGCAAGGUUGCAGCCCUCGACAUCGACAACAGCUGCCGCAGGGUGACUCCGCAAGCGGCUGCCGAACCUCCCCAGCAGAAGACCCUCCAACAGUCAGCAAGUGCGCAGACAGCCCAGCGAUGUGCAGAGCCGGAGACGGUCAGAGAUUUUUCACACCACAUGCAUGAGUAG